AUGCACGCCACUACGUCCCCUGUCCAGAUGGAGAUGCUGGGCACCAAGUCAGUCUACAUCCGCCACCCCGAAGAUAUGAACCUCGUGCUGCGCAACCAGGGGCGCUUCAGAAAGUCCGAGGCCUCCAUGUCGCGGCUCAGCGCUUGGCUGGGCAACGGGCUUGCGUCGAACACAGACCUUCCCAACCAUGCGGCCGUCAAAGAGGUGCUCCUGCCUGCCUUCAAGUCCGCGUCAGUCAAGGGAUUCGUACCGGCAUUCGUGCGCAGCGCCAACGAGCUGGCUGCCGUGAUCGAGGGCGCCGACGGGCAGCCCUGCGAUAUCGAGCCCUUGUGCCGUCGCAUGACGCUGGACGUGAUUGGACGCACUGGGUUUGGUUUUGAUUUCAAGGCCCUCAAGGCGGCAGCCGGGCAGCAGGCCGCGGCGAAUGGGGCGGCUCAGGGUGACGUCCAGGGCGGUGCCAUAGGCGAUGACUAUGUUGACAUCAUCAAGAUGUACGACGAAAUCCUGGAGCCGGCCAUGUGGCUCGUCUUCGACCUGCCUAUACCAGAGCCGCUCCUGCCCAACAUCAAGAACUACUAUAGGGGCGUGGCCAUGGUGGAUGAUGUCAUCAAGAAGAUGGUCGAGGAGAAGCGGGCCAACGGUGUGCGAGAGGAGGACACAGAUCUGCUGUCCUUCAUGAUUAAGGCCCAGCAGGGCGGCAACGCAGUGAUGACAGACAAGCAGCUGAGGGACGAGCUGCAGACGAUGAUUCUGGCCGGCUCCGACACAACGGCCACCACCCUGGCAUUCGCCCUGUACGAGCUCUCGCGCAACCCGACCCUGCUGGAGGCCUGCCGCGCGGAGGCGCAGGCGGUGCUUGGGGGGCGCGAUCCGGCUGGCGUGCCGGCAGAGGUGUUCCAGGGGCAGCUGCCGCUCAUCACGGGGGUCGCCAACGAGACGCUGCGCCUGUACCCUGCUGCGACAGAAACGGGGCGCGUGGCGGACAAGGAUGAGGAGAUCGGGGGCUACACCAUCCCGGCCGGCACCAACAUCCUGCCCUCCAUCUACUCCCUGCACCGCCACGAGGAUUUCUGGCCGCGCCCGCGCGAGUGGCUGCCAGAGCGCUGGCUGCCCGAGAAUGCCCCCACCCUGGCGCCCCACGCUGACAAGGCCUUCAUGCCCUUCACGGUCGGACCUCGCUCCUGCAUCGGGCGCUAUUUUGCUCAGCUGGAGCUUCAGGUGGUGCUGGCUGUGCUGCUCUCACGCGUGCGUCUGGAGCCUGCGCCCAGCUUUGAGGUGGAGACGCGAGCGUCACCUCAUCACCUGGCCACCUUUCCACCUGGUCACUACACAUGGACACAGACCUUCACGCUGUCCAGCAAGAAGGGAAUCUUUGUGGUGCCCUCAGCCUAUGCGUCAACGUGA